UGUGUAUAUAGAGAGAAAUAUACUUCAAUUCGUUUCCAAACCUACAUUCUCCUCCCCUCUUUCUCUCGCAAAAUGGACAGACCUCUUGUAAAAGUGAAAAAUGAAAGUCAUAGCAACCAGUACCAUCAUCCAUCAUCAUCAUUUCAUCCAAAAUCUCCAACCAACCAGGAGCAGCACCAGCAUGGUCUAAUUUCAAUGAAUGCUAUGAUCAUCAUUGUCAUCUCCAUCAUCUCCAUCUUCAUUAUCUUAGCUAUUCUUCUUAUAAUCCUUCUACUUUAUCGACUUAAAUCCGUAAGAGACAAAUCACAUCACUUAAAUUGCAAAGAAAGUUGCAGCAUCAACAAUGGUGGACCUUCUACAAGCUACAGCUAUACUUCUAGCCCUGAUGACAUCAAGAGAGAUUGUCUAUACUCAAGGAACCCAACAUCAUUCAGACAAUUGCCCCCACAUACUAAGAGUUGCAGAAGAAGCCGAGCAGAAGGAGUAGAAGUGUACACAUAUAAGGAAUUAGAGAUUGCAACGAAUAAUUUUAGCGAAGAGAAAAAGAUCGGAAGUGGAGGAUAUGGAGAUGUGUACAAGGGAGUAUUGAGUGAUGGAACUGUUGCGGCCAUUAAAAAGCUUCAUAUGCUUGAUAAUGGUAGUAACCAGAAGCACGAAGAGCGUUCCUUUAGGCUUGAGGUUGAUCUUCUUAGUCGAUUACAAUGCCAAUAUUUGGUGGAAUUACUUGGAUAUUGUGCAGAUCAAAAUCAUAGGAUCCUGGUAUAUGAAUAUAUGCCAAAUGGUACACUCGAACAUCAUCUCCACGAUCAUAGUUGUAAGAAUCUUAAGGAUAAAUCUCAGCCAUUGGAGUGGGGAACCCGGCUUAGGAUCGCCCUCGAUUGCGCCCGAGCCCUCGAGUUUCUCCAUGAAAAUACUGUCACCGCUGUGAUCCACCGGAAUUUCAAGUGUACUAACAUUGUAUUGGAUCAAGAUAAUCGAGCUAAAGUUUCAGAUUUUGGAUUGGCAAAGACUGGUUCUGAUCAAUUAAACGGUCAAAUAUCAACAAGGGUGCUCGGGACCACAGGAUACCUUGCUCCAGAGUAUGCCUCUACCGGAAAGCUUACCACAAAAUCAGAUGUUUAUAGUUAUGGAAUAGUUUUAUUACAACUCUUAACGGGUCGUACACCUAUCGAUUCAAGGCGUCCGCCUGGACAAGAUGUCCUUGUUUCUUGGGCUCUUCCAAGGCUGACCAACAGAGAGAAAGUAAGUGAAAUGGUGGAUCCAACCAUUCAAGGCCAAUACUCACAGAAAGAUCUUAUUCAGGUCGCAGCCAUAGCAGCAAUGUGCGUGCAAUCUGAAGCAGAUUACAGACCAUUGAUGACAGACGUUGUUCACUCUCUUAUUCCUCUUGUUAAAGCUUACAACCAAAGUUCUCUUUCUUCUCGGGUUCACAGCCGUAGAGAAAGCUUGUCAUAUGAAGAUAUUAUGCCCUGACACUCUUUUUAUUUACAGUCUAACACUCGUUAAAUUAAGAUUCUUUCUGCUAUUGUAUAUGUAUGGAUAAAUGAAUCAAUUUAUCAUUGUGCAAAAAUUUAUCUAUAUUAAAACAUCAGUAUUUGAUAUGAGCAUGGGGACAUCUAACUUGGAAGAUGAGCAUGUAGCCGUUGGAAAUCAAGAUCAAGUUCGAAAGGAAGCUGAAGAAAUUCUUAAAGUGUAAGGAGGUCCAAUGACCCGAGCUAAGACUAAGGCAUUUCAAAAUGCCUUAGAGGUUCUACUUAAUCAGUUUAAGUAUAAAUCAAGUGCUAAUGAGGCUACACGUUCCACAUUGGUCUGCAUUGUAGCCGGGGAUUAAGCUAGUGGGUUUAUGGGACAUUUUGUGCUCUAUUUCCCUUAGUGAGUUUUGUCCCAUUGGGUUUUCUCACUAAGGUGUUUAACGAGGCAAGUGUUCCCACAUUGUCAUUGUCCAU